GCCGCCAGUGGGCGCGCGCUCUCCGCCAGGACUACACGCGUCGACGACUCGCGCUGAGCUCUCCCGUGCCUCGCAGUGCAGUGCCGCGCGUGCAGUGACAGUGAUACCGACCUGCCUCCUGCUGCUCACAGCAACCAGCACCAGCACCAGCAGACCACCGCCCGGAGACUCGGGACCCACAAGUGUGUGCGUGUGAUGCUUGUCUGACCGCGGCGCAGCGAUGUUCGGCGGCAGCGGCGGCGUGGGCGCGGGCUACAACGGCGGCGGCGGCGAGUGCGCCGAGGGCUACGGGCUGGGCUACGUGGCGGGCGGCGGCCGCCUGCAGCAGUACGCCGCGCACUUCGCGCCGCACCAGAACGUCUGGCACCACCACCACCCGCCGCACCACGACUCCUACGCAGGCGGCGGCGGGGUGAGCGGCGUGGGCGGGGUGGCGGGGGGGCUGUACUCGCAGAACAUGGUGAUGGGCUCGUGGUGCGCGCCCUACGACGCGCUGCAGCGACCCACCGCAUACGAUGGCGUGCUGGAGAUGUACGAGGAGGGGCGCGAGUGCGUGAACUGCGGCGCCAACAACACGCCGCUGUGGCGCCGCGACGCCACGGGCCACUACCUGUGCAACGCGUGCGGCCUCUACCACAAGAUCAACGGCGUCAACCGCCCGCUCGUCAAGCCGAGCAAGCGGCUGUCGGCGGCGCGGCGCCACGGCCAGUGCUGCACCAACUGCGGCUCGCGCAACACCACGCUGUGGCGACGCAACAACGACGGCGAGCCCGUCUGCAACGCCUGCGGCCUCUACUACAAGCUGCACGGCAUCAACCGGCCGCUAGCCAUGAGGAAAGAUGGUAUCCAGACGCGAAAACGCAAACCGAAGAAGUCUGGCAACGGAACAAAACCGGCGCAAGACGCCAACAAGAAAGAUGAACACAGCUCCCCUGGCAUGGACGACAGCAAACAGAGCAUCCCGGAGACAGCGCUGCCCCUGGCGCAGUCGAUGGGCGGGCAGGGCAAGGCGCGCGAGGCGGCGGGCGCGGAGGCGGCGCAGGCGCAGCAGCACGCGCAGUACCCGCUGGCGCUGGGCGGCGCGCCCUUCCUGUCCAACCCCGCGCUCUUCAACAUCAAGAGCGAGCCCAGCAACGCGCCCGCCUACGACGCCUACCCCGCGCACUCCGCGCCGCACUACCACUCGCAGCAGCACUAUCUGCACGCGCUACAGUACGGGCUGGGCAACGGUGAAGAGGAGGAGGGCAGCGGGUUCCUGCACCAGCGCAACGUGACUGCGCACGCCAAGCUCAUGGCGUCCACGUAGCAGCCCCCCCCCCACGCUGUGACGUCACGCGACACCGUGCCCGCACGCACUGAACGUACAAAGGACUAAGUGACAAGUUGUGAGCGAGCCCGCGGGUGCACUCCCUCAGCUCGCCGUCACUCACCAGUGCACGAGUUCACGAUUCACGACUAUUCAAUUGAUCUUAUGAGUUACGCUCCUCGAGCUGCACAGCUUCGAGACAAUGCGUAUCUGUUGAUACAUCAAUACUAAUAGCAGUUCACACUUCCAUUAAACGGAUAGAUAUCGACAAACUCCAGAAUGUUUUGUGUUCCGAUAUAAAUGUACAUAUUUAGCUGUAAUUAUUUUAGUUAAUGUUGUAUGAUAUAGUUGUAUGAGAGAGGUAGCGAUGCGUCGUAGGCUGUACCUAGUGAGUCACUCUGACACCUUGCCAUAUUGACUGACGCAAUGGUAACGAAGUAUUAAUUUAAUUGUUUUAACGUUCCAUGACCAUUGUAAUCUCAAAAACUAGUCUAAUGAGUCUCAAGUAGUAUGUCUCAAGAGUUGACGAUAUAAUAUUAUGGAAUUAGAAACUUUUAAGAUAGCUUUCAGACGUGCAAUCCGUCCAGUGGGCGGAGAACAAUAAAUCUUUAUAUUCUUCUGUGUUGGAAAUGCUCCUCGCUGCGCCGCGCUCGUCUGACAGCGAUCUUAAUCUGGACCGUGUAAAUAGCGCCACGUAGCCUGUAGUUAGUCAAUUAAGUUUAACAGUAUUCAAAUAAUGCCACCUAAACAAUAAAAACCAGUUGUUCCACUGCUUGUACAGAGCUGCAUGAAGCAGAUGAUCCUCAUCUCUGAGUGAUCUGUAGAGGCAAGCAACUUAUCUUCUUAUCUCAUUGCAUAUUGAGGCAAAUAUAAUAAUAUAAUUUAUGGCUAGGUACCGAAUUAAAUUCUCUUUACAACUCCACUCAUGUUCCUGCCUGCAUCACUUAUCAGUUCAUAUGAAAGUGUAAUCAGGUAUUAUGUUCAAAAACAUAUUCUAUAUACUGUAAUAUAAAUAUGUAAUCCACAAAUUUUAAAACAGGACACAGUUUUUGCUCUGUUUACUGAAAAACAAUAAAUGUGUUUUGGCAGUACUUGUUAUGAGUGAAGCAUGCGGGCUAACCUGCCCCACAGUACUGUUAAUGUAGUUUAAUUAGUUUGAAUAAAUGGCAUUUAUUAUACUUCUUGUACAUACUAGUUAGAAAUGAAAUAUAAAAAUUUUCUCUUAAUACUGUUUAUUUCAUAAUAUGGUCCAGCACAAACUAUCACUGUAGGUAAGUAUUGGAUUACAGAAAUUAAUUGAGACUUAUUAUCAAAACACAAGUUCUUAUUGUGUUGGUAAAAAGCCUCAAUCAUAAUUAAUAUGAACUAGAAAUAUAUGUACAAAGUGAAGUCUGUUGUAUAUUAUAAAUUUAUGUGUAAUGAAAUAUAUAAGUGAGCGCACAA